AUGCGGGCAGGGCCUCGUAUGGGUAUGGGCCGAGAGCUGGAAGCUGGACUGGGCCGGGCUGGUGCCCAUGGCCGCCCGCUGAGCACGCUCGGCCCGCCGCCCGCCCCCCCGCCCGGCCGGACCCCCAGUUCCUCUCGUGGUGACCCCCCAGCCGCAGGCACGGCCCCGCCCCCGCUGCCCCGGUGGUGGCCCGCGGCCCCCCGGCUGCCGGCGGUCAAGCUGGAGUCUCUGAAGCGCUGGAACGAGGAGCGGGGCCUGUGGUGCGAGAAGGGGCUGCAGGUGCUGGUGACCACGGUGGGCGCCUUCGCGGCCUUCGGCCUCAUGACCAUUGCCAUCAGCACUGACUACUGGCUGUACACUCGCGCCCUGCUCUGCAACGCCUCCGCCAACCUCUCCGACGACGGCCCGCCCCACCGGCCCGGAGCCGCUGACAAGAAGGACCCGGGCGGCCUCACACACUCGGGGCUCUGGAGGAUUUGCUGCCUGGAAGUGGCCCCCAACAUGGGCCCCAACAUAGCCCCUAACAUGGGCCCCAACAUAGCCUCCAACGUGGAACCCAACAUAGCCCCCAACAUGGCCCCCAACAUGGGCCCCAACAUGGCCCCCAACAUGGGCCCCAACAUAGCCCCAACAUGGGCCCCAACAUAG